ACCACAAAGCAAUCCAUCUCCUCUUCAUUUUCUUCUUGUUAGUUACCUUUUGUCUUCAUUUGUUCUCCAUGGCUACCCUUGAACUUCAUGGCCAACAGUCACUUAACCAUGUUGAAAUUUCAAUUCAUGGGAAUCACUCUUUGCCGCAUGAACAAUGCCAAGAAGGAGAAGCUGAGGAUUUCGACUACUCUAAGAGGGGACAGUGGCUUCGAGCUGCUACGUUGGGGGCCAAUGAUGGGCUGGUCUCCAUCGCAUCACUGAUGAUGGGCGUUGGAGCUGUCAAGGAAGAUAUCACGGCCAUGAUUCUUGCUGGUUUUGCAGGGUUGGUUGCCGGGGCUUGUAGUAUGGCUAUAGGAGAGUUUGUCUCCGUGUAUACUCAAUUGGACAUAGAGUUAUCUCAAAUGAAGAGAGACAAGAGAAGGAGAGACAGCACAGAGAAUGAGGAAAAAACUGAGAAUGAGAAACUGCCAAAUCCUUUUCAGGCUGGUAUAGCAUCUGCCUUGUCUUUUGCUCUAGGGGCAAUGAUUCCAUUACUGGCAGCUGCAUUCAUAAGGGAGUAUAAGGUGAGGCUAGGUGUUGUUGUUGCCGCUUCGAGCUUGGCAUUGUUGGCAUUUGGAGGGCUAGGAGCAGUGCUUGGGAGGACUCCUGUGGGGCGGUCAUGUGCUCGGGUCCUAGUUGGAGGGUGGAUGGCUAUGGCUAUUACAUUUGGGCUCACCAGGUUGAUUGGAGCAACUGGACUUUAAUGUGGUUGCUGGCUUUGAGUUAUUCCUCACUCCUUCCCUUUUCUCUUUCCGUGUAGUAUAUAGGUAAAUUUCUCCUUGAAUUGAUAAUUAAGCAGUUCAUGAUUUGCCUUAAAGCAUUAUGCAGCUUAAAAUUUCUGUAAGAUGUUUUGGGAGUAAUUUAACUACGUUCGUCCA